AUGUAUCAAAAUCCAACAGAAAAUUAUGAAAGACACGAAAAUUUUGGAAGGGAUACCUUUUUCAACGUAAAUGCAUCUUAUGAUGGCUUUUCCACGACAAAAGAUAAUAAACUUAAUAAUCAUCCAGUACCUUACACAGCUGCGUCAAUGCCAACUAGUAAUGACGAACAGUAUUAUUAUUCUACAACAACUUUUGAAACUGAUUCAACAACUUGCACUCCACAAUUUAUCGGUCAUAAUUCUAACGACCAACAGAACCCACCUUUAGAACAGAACCCACCAAGCAUUUUUCCCCCACAUAAUAAUCCACCAAUUAACUCACCUAUCAUGACUAAUGCUAGCUCUUCCCAAAUACAAACGGUUGAAAUUCUCGGUUAUGAAAUUAUUAUAAUCCCUACACCUUCUCCGUUGGCAAAUUUAACUAGUUUAGAUAUGCAAAAUCAACUUCAACGAGGAAUUACCCAUUUAGAUUAUUCUUCUUAUUCGGUUAACCCACCACAAUUAAAUCAUUAUAACUUUGCAACAAAUGGAUUCGAUCCAACUUUGCAAUACCUUUCUCACCAGCCGCAGUCGAACUCUAAUGAUCAGAUUUACCUACCUAGCUCUCCUCAAAUACAAUCGAUUCAGAUUCCCGGUUAUAAAAUUAUUAUAGCCCCCACAUCCUCUCCAUCAUCUAAUUUAGACAUGCAACAUCAAUUUCAGCAAGAAAAUACUUAUUUAGAUUAUUCUUUUAAUUCAGUUAAUCCACCACAAUUAAUUCAAGAUCAAAACCAUUUUUCUAGUGCAGGUGAAAUUUCUAUUAGGCCAAAUGUUAUUAACUUCGUUCAAGACAAUACACAGCCCCAACAUCAACAACAAAAUAAUUUAGGAUUAAAUGAAUCGCUUAAUGACUUCAACAACUUUUUUGGUUGA